AAGAAAAAGAAAAAAAUUUCCUUUAGAAUAUUCAUAAACUGCUAUUAUGCAAUUAAUUAGAAUUAUUCUUAUAAGCUCUAUUCUUUACAUGCAUUUAAAACCUUUACUCAUAAUGUAUAUGUUAUUAAAGUUUCGCCCCCUGUUGUUGAAACCCACUGAGUACAAUGGAUGGUACUGACGUUCUCUUUCGGGAACCUACGUUGGUCUGCGGUACAACGUAGGAACCGAAUUUGCAGGAGAGAAGGCUACGAGUUAGGACUUCUUUCUUCUCCAGUGCUAUUGGGACUUGAAUCAAAGAAUCACGACGGCUCCUUCGAUGUUUUGGAAUGGUGGAAGGACAAACAAAAACACUAUCCGGUUCUUUCAAGGAUGACUCGAGAUAUUUUAAGUGUUCAAGCAUCAAAAGUGGCAUCGAAGAGCGCAUUCAGUCAAGCGAAACUUCAAAUCGGUGAUCAUAGAGCGUCUAUGAGGGAGAGUUUGAAAAAAUCAGUACUCUUCAGAGAUUGGAUCCGUUCGGAAAGAAGAAAUUUUGGACUUGCAGAAUCACAAUCGGAGAUAGAUGAAGCUUAUGAAGAAAUGUUAGCGGAACUUGCGCAGGAUGCUACUUCGCCCGAAAGCGGUGAUGAGCAAGCUUUUUUUCCACCACCACCAACGGAAAUUCCUCCGGACCUUGAAGGAUUUAUGAGUUUUGUUAGAGAUAAUACAUAGACUAACAUGUAGCUUGUAUUUUAGCACAUCUUCCUUAGUUUUUUUUCCUUUUAAUGGUGGUAUUAGUACCUUGUUGUGCUCAUUCCAUUGG